CCCUAUUCGGGCAUUUGUUUGACCAUUGUCCAUGGAACCUGAACCAGUUGUUUUACAACUACACAUUCAUUGUUGGUCCCCUCAAUAAUUACGAUCCGAAAGUGAAUGAUUUCAUCGUAUCACUUGUAGUUAAACUGCCACUUUAUAAAACACAAUAUGUCACAACCAUUAUUGCUACUGAUAGAGAUGGUGACGGCAUCAGAUACAGUUUUGUUGAACCGUCUGAUUACUUCAAUAUUGACAGUGAUUCGGGCGUCAUUCGAGCAAUUCACGACAUUACUGUGUUGAUUGGUGAACAAAGUAUUCACGUUGGAGUUGAAGAUGAUGGGAUUCCACCAAGGAAAAGUAUAAGUGUCCUGAAGUUAAUAUUUGAAGCUGCUGAUUCAAAAACAGUGUCUCCAGAUUACACAGAUCAUACGACGGAGAUGACCAAUACAGUGACUAGUACUACUGAUACAUACGAUCAUGCAGCUAAUACAACAGUGGUGAACCCAUUUACUACCGUUGAUGAUAAAUUUACGAAAACAUCUGGUAUAACGACUUCCACACCAUCUAUUGUGACUUCUGGAGCAACACUCCCUUCCAAAAACUCUGGCUUACUCUCUCUUUUGUUGACCCUGAAAAUGUUGUGGAAGGCUGUUUUUAAUGAUGUUGAUGCCAAUGAAACAAGAGGGUUAUAUCAGUCAAUCUUAUUGAUAUUGCGAGAUGCGUUUAAAGGAAUGUCAAAUAUUCUCAAGGUCACCCUAGACGGUUUAAGUCCGGGGAGUGUUGUUGUUAAAUUGGGUGUGUUGCUAUCUGAGAAGGCAACAAAUAAAACGGCAAAUGAAACCCUUAAUGUAUUGAGAAAAUACUUAGAGACCGUUAACUACACAGUCCUAACUGACAAGGAAAAUAUCACGAUUAAAGAGGAUAGUCUAAUUGUCAAUGUAGAUCCUUGCCAAAAUGUCAACUGUGGUGAAAAUGGCGAAUGUGUAUAUCGCGAUCAGCACACGGCAUGCAGGUGUUAUUCGGGCUACGAAGGUCCUGAUUGUAGUGACUCUACGAAUGGAGAAUCGACUAACACACUAGUGAUAAUAAUUUGUGUGACAGUUGGUGCCAUAAGUAUCAUAGGGAUCGUCGCUGUAUGCUACUGUGUCAUGCAGAGGGGGAAGAGGGGCAAAUCGUCUACUAACACAGAUGAUAAGGAUAUGUCUGUGUUAGGAUACAACUCUACAAUGCUCGCGAAACAACAAGGACAAAGGUCAACAAUAGGUCGUACCGAGUCGAGAUCAAGCUGGAUGGGGGGUUUAUAGACAAGGAGGGGUACUAAAUUCACACUGUUAAAACGGAAUGAUUAUCCUCAUAUUUAGUAUAUAUUUAAACGGAAUGCUUUUUUAUUUUUGUAUACUUGAACUAUAUAUAUUGCAAUUUUUGUAUAAACAUAUUUAAACGGAAUGCUUAUUUUCAUCUUUCGUAUGCCUCCUAAACGUUCUUGUGUAUAUUUAUGACCCAGAUGGAGAAACUAGAAAGGACGAAAUGCAAUGGUCACACUACGUUCUUGUUGGCAAACAUAUAAUCUGCUCAAGAUUGAGACAAGUGUCAUUUUGAAUGUAUGAUCGAAAUAGAUCUACACUUCGUCAUAUUGUUAGAAAAUUGACAUCAUCUGAAUAAGUUGACGAUGUGCUCAAUUUUAUUUUCAAUUUGCUUUAUUGACCAUUGACUUUUGUCUCCUCGAAUACAUGAAUAUUAUUAAGUAUAUAAAUAUUAAUCAAAAGCAGAAGUUCAAUUCUACAAUAAUUCAUGGAGAAUUUCAAGCAUGCAGACUUAAGCUAUGUUGAGGAAGCAUCUCUAUUGAUUAUGAGCCGACAACGAAUAGUUGUAGCUACAUUCUAUUAUUGAUAAGUGGACAGAGGGACUAUAGUAAUCAGCUACAUUUAGAGCUGCUUUGAACGUGAAGGGAGAAUCAAAUC